CUAGCGCGUGUGUGCGGCGUGGCGUCUCCUGCUGGCCACCUCACACACACAGCUUCCCCAGUUCCCCUCCCCCCAGUUGGGCCAGUUCACUCCACUCCACUCCCCAGUGUUCCCCUGGCAGUCAUUGCGAUGGGUGUAUCGCGUUUUCUCUCCGCCGUGCGUCUCCCCAUCCUGCCUCGCUUGGCCCUAUCUUCUCCCCACGUCCUGCCUCGGGUGCUGCGUCCCCUCGCCUCCCCUAGGAACUACUGCUCUGGAGUGAUCAGGUCUCCUUUUGAUGAUGUCGAGAUCCCCGAAGUGAGCCUUUCGCAGUAUGUGUUCGAGGCCCAGGAACCUUACGCGGGCAAACCUGCUAUGGUGGACGGCAUCAGCGGCGCCUCCUACACCCACGGGGAAUUCCGGGAGCAGUGUCACCAGCUGGGCAGCGCUCUCACUCGCCUGGACGUAACCAAGGGGGACGUGGUGGGCCUCGUCUCGCCAAACUGUCCGGAAUUCCCCGUCACCUUCUUCGCCGUAGCCUCCAUCGGCGCCACCAUCACCACCGUCAGCAGUGCCUACCUCGCUGACGGAAUAGCCACGCAGCUCGUCAACAGCGGCAGCUCUGUGGUGGUGGCGCACAAGGGGGUGCUGGCCGCCGUGGUGGAGGCGUGCAAGCAGUGCCCCAAGGUGCGACACGUCAUUGUCAUCCACGCCACGCCUGACGACGAGAAGGCGGGGCUGCUCUCCUUCCACAAGCUACUGAAGGAUGAUGGCAAGAGGUUCCCACACUCAGUCAAGAUCAAUCCUAAGGAGGACGUGGCGGUGUUGCCUUAUUCCUCGGGCACCACCGGCCUGCCCAAAGGUGUCAUGCUCACUCACUACAACCUGGUGGCCAACCUGCACCAAUUACAGCACAAGGAGAUCUCCACCCUGGGGGACAACCUCGGUGAGGAUCAAGAAGUGUUCCUGGGAAUCCUGCCGUACUUCCACAUCUACGGCAUGGUGCCUUGUAUGGCAAUGUCUCUGUUGAGUGGAUCUAAGACUGUCACUCUGCCACUCUUUAAAUCAGAGUUGUAUGUCAAAAUCUUGGAAAAGUACAAGAUCACCUACCUCCACACAGUGCCUCCUAUACUGGACUUCCUGGCUAACAGUGACAUGGUGAAGCAUGAACACCUCAAACCCACCCACACUGUGCUGUGUGGCGCCGCUCCCAUUGGCCCCACGCUCAUAAGUGAACUGCUGAAGAAAUUUGGUACCAAGAUUUAUUUCCAGGAAGGUUUUGGGAUGACUGAGACCUCACCAGUGACACAUGUCACUCCCAAAACCAAGUUUGUCAUGGGCUCCACAGGGGUGGCCAUCCCCAACACCCUCACCAAGAUUGUGGAUCUCAACACUGGCCAGACUCUGCCACCCAAUGGAGGGGAGGGGGAGCUGUGUGUGAAGGGCCCGCAGGUCAUGAAGGGAUACUUCAAUAAUGAGGAGGCCACCAGGGCAACCAUUGACCUGGAGGGCUGGCUGCACACCGGGGACAUUGCCAAGAUGGAUGGGGACAGGAACGUGUUCAUUGUGGACCGCCUCAAGGAACUCAUCAAAGUGAAGGGUCUUCAGGUUGCCCCGGCUGAGCUGGAAGACUUGAUCCGCCAGCUGCCUGAUGUGGCUGACGUCGGGGUGGUGGGGAUGCCGGUGGACCAUGCCAGCGGAGAGGCACCUAGAGCCUUUGUGGUGUUGACACCAGGCAGUCAGCUUUCCCUCAAGACCAUUGAGAACUUUGUGGAGUGCAAGGUUGCUCCACACAAGAAGCUGUCAGGAGGGUUGGAGUAUGUGGAGGCCAUCCCCAGGUCCCCCACUGGAAAGAUCCUAAGAAGAGAGUUGAAGGCAAUGGCUCUCUCUAGAAUGACCCAGUGAGUGCCUACUAUCACUGGGACACUGCAAGGUUCCUGAUCUUGGCCACACAAUGCAAUUAUCUUGUAAUUCUAACUUUAAAGCCUUACACACUUGGUAUUCAAGCACAGCUGACUACAGUCAAACUUCACACAGUACUUCAACUUUCAGUAGGUUUGUUGCCUUAAGGGGGCAUAAUUGAGUGGCCCUGAAGCAAACCUAUUAGGCAAGUUCCUGCAUCACUGAGUGUGUUGGUGUUGGUGCUGGUAUAGUGUGCAUCACACUCCAUCUGGUGUAGAAACCUCUGCCAUACAUCAUUCCAAAGGAAACAAGCAAUUCCUACAUGCAUGUUACUUAUGCACAUCAGAGCAUUGAAAUAACCCUGAGUGCAAUGUGAAACUAGAUCUUUGACAGAACUGCUCCCACCACUGUCCAGCUCUGCACCACAGCCCAGCUCAGUACGUGGUGGUGAUGGCAGUGGUGGUGCUGCUACAUGUGCCACUGUUCACAAGGUUACAGGGAGGAGCUCUCUACUGAGGAACUGCAUCACAAACACCAUGCUCAUCAACUCACAUAGCCAGACACACCACCAGGUGAAGACAUGAGCUUUGGUGUACAACAAUGAGUUCUUAUGCCAGUUUCUCAAUUGUUUCAGUCUUGGAUGAUAUUGAUUUAUCAACUGCUGAAAAUGUGGUAUGUACUCUUUUCCAUUUCUCAAGUUAUAUUUGUAAAUAGUAUUGAAUCACCUUAAACAUUAUUAGGUAAAGAAAUUAGGUGUAAUAUUUUUAUAUUCCGGGCAAUUCCAUCCCACAAUGGCAUGAUGAAGCUAUGUAACGGUGAGUGUUGAGCCCAAACGCUUGUGUGAAGAGUGCGUGAAGGCAAGUGUGGCUCGCAUCACCAGGUGCAGUGACUGAAGUAGGGAGUAAGAAGGAAUAAGAUGCAUGAGGAGGAGAAAGAGAAGCCAGCAUAACCAAACAGGAGUGCAAAGGUUAAUAGAAGUGAUGUACUAUAAUGAACAGUGCUUUUUGUGUAUCCAUGAUGAAUGUAGAUAUUUUGAAUUAUGUAUUACUGUAUGCAUAUCAUAAAUUAACAUUAAUCUAGGAACAUUUUAUAUUUUGUUAAUUUUGUAGUGACUGUAGUAACUAAUUUUUACGAAAGGCUCAAAACCAAACCGAUAAAAUUGUAAAAAUUAGUAGUUUUCAUAAUCAAAACAGAAUACAUAGUAUGUGGAAAAAUGAAAAUGAGAAAAAUUGAAAAGUAUUAAUGACCAUAUGAGGAUGAACAGCAGUCCACUUGCACACACAAACACACUACAAUAUUAGUCCACUCAUCCCUGACACAACACUACUGUGUCCAGCAUGUGGCCCUCUCCACCAGCUGCCAGACAGACAAAUGUUAUAGCCCAGACUUUGAAUACCAAAUGCAAUGCAACAAAUGCAAUAGGUCUAAGUUAUCCGCCUAAACACAAAUAAAAAGGUAUAUUCAAA